GAAAGGGAGGAAGUGCUGAAUUGCUUCGCUUGGUGCCGGAGGAGGCAGAUAACAUGUUGGUAGGAGCCCGGGGCUCACGGGAAUAGAACACCCGCCUAGAGAUGUCUACAGUAACAGAAAAUGGAAGUUCUACAAGUGACAAAGCAAAUGAAGAGAAAACAUAUAAAAAAACAACGUCAUCAGCUAUUAAAGGAACCAUUCAGCUGGGAAUAGGCUACACCGUGGGUAACCUUACAUCCAAGCCAGAUAGAGAUGUUCUUAUGCAAGACUUUUACGUAGUUGAAAGUGUAUUUUUACCUAGUGAAGGAAGCAACCUAACUCCAGCACAUCGCUAUCCAGACUUCAGGUUCAAGACCUAUGCUCCUCUAGCUUUCCGAUAUUUUCGAGAACUUUUUGGUAUCAAGCCAGAUGACUACUUGUAUUCACUCUGCAGUGAGCCAUUGAUAGAAUUGUCCAACCCUGGUGCAAGUGGCUCCAUAUUUUUUGUAACAAGCGAUGAUGAAUUUAUCAUCAAAACUGUUCAGCACAAAGAAGCAGAGUUUUUACAGAAGCUUCUCCCAGGGUACUACAUGAAUCUAAAUCAAAACCCCAGGACACUUUUACCAAAAUUUUAUGGACUUUACUGUUUUCAAUCUGGAGGAAUAAACAUAAGACUUGUGGUCAUGAACAACGUUUUGCCACGAUCUGUGAAGAUGAAUUACAAGUAUGACCUAAAAGGUUCAACAUACAAGCGCAGGGCCUCGAGAAAAGAAAGGGAAAUCCUCCCCGACCUACAAGGAUUUGGAUUUCUUGCAAGAGACGCCCGAGGGAUUAUAUUUUGAUCCAGAAACUUACAGUGCUUUGAUGAAAACACUACAGAGGGAUUGUCGGGUACUGGAAAGCUUCAAAAUCAUGGAUUAUAGCCUGUUGCUCGGAGUCCAUGUACUUGGUUCUACAAGUAAAGAAAAGGAAGGAGAAAGUUCACACUACUCAAUUGACAAUAAAAGACCAUCUGUGCAAAAAGUUCUGUAUUCUACUGCAUUGGAGUCCAUACAGGGACCUGGGAAGGAUGUAGACUUUUUCAUUAAGGAAAGCACAAUGGGAGGCAUUCCAGCCAAGAACCAUAAGGGAGAAAGGGUGCUGCUUUUUAUGGGGAUUAUUGAUAUCCUACAGUCCUACAGGUUAAUGAAGAAGUUGGAACAUUCAUGGAAAGCCCUGGUUUAUGAUGGGGACUCAGUAUCUGUACACAGGCCGUGUUUUUAUGCUGACAGAUUUCUGAAGUUUAUGAACUCGAGGGUUUUCAAAAAAGUCCAAGCUUUAAAAGCGUCACCAUCCAAAAAGAGGGGCAAUUCUAUUCCUGCGCUUAAGUCCUCUUCACAGGAAAUACUCUCAUCAAACAGUCAGGAAUGGAUGGAAGAAAAAAAUAAAAGACUUACCGAGGGGCUAAGUUUUACAAGUCUUGAUGAAGAAGCAUUAAAUUCCAGGCACCGACCAGACCUCGUCCCAAGUACCCCAUCCUUGUUUGAAGCUGCUUCAUUAGCAACAUCGGUAUCCUCUUCAUCUUUGUAUGUGGAUGAUAAGUAUCACAAUGAUGACACUAUAGGGUAUUCUAGCAGAAAAGGCCUGCCUUCAAGUUCAACAUUCACACUGGAAGACAGCGCCUAUCAAACAUCUGAACAGAGCACCCUUGAAUGGGAUAAUGACAAUUCCUCUGUAUUUGACAUCUAUCUUUAAAUUGCCCCGAAAGCUGUGAAUGAAGAAGUAAUGUUGAGAAGCCGGUGUCUCCAAGAGUGUUAAGCUUGGUCUGCUCUAUAGUUACGUCGUGUGACAUUGACUUGAAAGAGAGAACCAUACUGACCUUGAGCCUCUGGCCUUGGCAUAACCUGAACUGGGGAACAUGUUUCAGCCCAUUCCUGGAACUGAGAAGGAUUCUUAUAAUAUGAAAGUUCUUUGCUUUAGUUGCUGCAACUCAUUCAACAGCCAGGCUAUGAGCUUCAUCCCGAGGAUGUUUUUCCAUUUGUAGGUUCCUCCUGUCCACCUGCUCAAAGCUCCGCCUGGAACACUGUAAAUGCAAUAUCAGUGCAGUUUCUUCAGAAAUAACUGUUAAAUCCAUCUUGUUGGGUUGUUAAAUAAUUCCAUGCCGCACAUUAGCAUCCACAUGCACAUUCCGUAUGGGGAGAACGCUUCUUUUCAAGAUCUUUUCAACGUUUACUGGAUGAGCUGAAGAAAACGUGCUAUUUAUAACUAAGCCUUAUGUUGUGUACAUAUAUUGUCUUUGACAUAUUGUGAUCUAGUUUGCUUGUAAAAGAGAAAUUAUAUAAUUUAUUUAGAGUAAAAUAUCUGUAUACUAUAGUUUUAUUGAUAAAGGAAAUUGAAAAAAA